AGCAGGAAGCAAACCAUGGACACUCAGUUUUUCUCCCCAUUACUGGGAGCAGUCCCCAGUCCCCCCACACCUCCAGAGCUGUGCAGUGACUGGCUGGGAUGUGCUGAGGAUUUUGGAUCCCAAACUGCCUUCCAGGAGUGCCCAAAAAAGAGGACACCAGUAAAUCUUACUUACUCUGGCAAUGGCCCUGAUAUGUUUGGGUUGGUGUCAAGCAUUUUAGAGGAGCCAAACAAGGCAGAACCAGCUGCAGAUUGGAAUUCUCUAUCAAGAUUGUUUCCCCCUGUGUGGGCACCUGAUGUGGGCAGCACUGGGGAGUCCCCAGGGCUCCCAGCUCAGCACUGUGUCCAGAACAAGGAUUUUCCCAACUUGCUGGGCACCAGCUGCCAUCAGGAACCCCUGCAGGAUCCUUCUGAUGUGGAGAUGCUGCACAGAGGUUUGGGAGACCUUCAGCUCCUCGAGUCUUGGCUUUCUCCCCGUGCUCAUCCCAGCAAUGCCUUGAGGAACUCUUACCCUGAAAAUUCCUCUCUGCAGAGCAGCACCACGGCUCCCCAGGAAGGGUUUUCCUUCCCAAAUGGGAGCUGGAACCAGGAUUUGUGCACUUACGACCAUGGGAGGUUAAAUGGAGGCUAUGGAAAAUGUGGGUCCGAUUUUAGCCCUUUCUCUCCUCGGAACAGUUUGAAAGAAAGCCCCAGCAUCCAGAAGUGGAAAAGUGAAGGAGCAAGAGGAAAAGCUCUGAAAAAUUAUGCUCAAGGACAAACUAAGCAUUCUCCUGAUCUUUCCAGUCAGCCUGGUGAUAACUCUUGGGGUGAAGCAGCCCAGGACAGCCACCUGUUCUCUGAAAGAUAUGAAAACUUCAAUGCUGCUCACAAACUGGAGUCACCUGUCCAUCCAUCACUUCAUUUUUUCAAUCAGCCCCCUAAGGAAAAUAAUUUUUCUGGAGGAACAGGCAGAAAACCCCAGGAAUGCCACGUGCAAAAUGGCCAUCGUGGCUUUGCUUUGGGGGAUGCUUUUAAUAAUAAUAACAACAAUAAUGAGUGUAAAGUGAAUAUGGGCCCUAAGGAAAGCUCCCCUCGAGUAGCUGAAUAUGAUUUAUCUGUGAAAAAUGCUGUGCAGAGUGGGAGUUAUUCCUCAUACCAGGGGUGUGCCUGGCUGGAUGGGAAGAGCCCGGCAGCUGCAUCUGAAGUUCCAUAUGGAAAACAAAUGGCAACGAGCCCCCAGUCCUCAUCAGGGGUUUCCACCAUGUCUGGGGGCUCUCCCACCCACCAGCCUUUCUCACAGCCCUCCUUCUACUCCCAGCUCCUUCCUGCCCUCCCUCCCAGGAAAGAUGGGAGGUCGCAGACAUCAAAUGGAGUUUCCAGUCGUUUGGGGGUUCCUCAUUUCACCUCAGAGAGCCAGAAGCAGGUGAGAGCUGUUGGAAGAUGCCAGGAGGAUGCCAGGAUGAACAAGGAAGGGCGGUGCCGCAAAUUCCCCGUUGGUUUUUCACCCGACUGGGUCGUUCAGCACAGAGCUGCAGGUGAUGACCCUGCUGAGAAAUACCACAGGUUCCCGAAAAGGCAGAGCCAGGAAAGUGGCAAUAAAGAUGAUAGAAGAGGUAGAAGGAGUUGGAUCCCUCAUCUGGGGUCUGCAGCCCCAAACCGCCAGCCCUUCAAGGCGUUUCCCAAAAGGCACGAGCAGAAUGGUGGCAGCUUGUCAGACUUCAGCAAUCCUCCUCUGCUUCCUUCUUUCCCAUUCGUGGCUAAUUUUAAGCAAAAUCCCAGCUUCCCUCCAUUUAAUCACCAGCUGUUUUCAUCAGCGAAUAAUUUUAAUUUCCCUCCGCCACCGUUUCCAUUCUCGGACCUUGUUGAUCUUUUGCACUGUGAUGACUUCAACCCCUUGAAUCCCUUCCUCAGUGAUCUGUUCCCUGGGGAAAUCCCUGGCCCCUGCUUUGCCUUUCCAGCCCCGUUUAACAAGUUCAGAGCUCCCAGGAGCCGCAGUGGCCCCGAGGACGAGCUCCACACCCGCCUGGAGGAGUGCUACGAGCAGUGGAGAGCUUUGGAGAAGGAGAGGAAGAAGGCUGAGGCUGACCUUGCAAGGCACUUCCCAGGGCAGCACACCUCCAGCUGCAGCCCCAGCCCCGUGCCCCGGCUCCCUGCGAGCUCGUCCCGUGUGGAUCGCCUGAUCGUGGAGCAGUCCCGGGAGCGAGCCAGGGUGCUGGCGCUGCUAGGAGCCAUGGAGAGGCUUGGCGGCGCUCCCUUGCACAGGAACAUCUGCAGGACCUUGGAGCUGCACCUGGAAGCCAUCGAGGUGACGCGGGCCCGUCGGAAGGACGAGAUGGGGAGCGCCGCACGGCCCCAGAGUCGCGGGGUGCCACGCUACGGCAGUGCCCGAGAUGUGCUGGCCCUGGCUGCUGCCCUGGGAGCCCUGGCUGGUGCCACACGCAAGGCUCGCACCGCGCUCUGGUGCUCGCUGCAGGUGACUCUGCCGAAACCCCCUCCAGCUGCACCCCAAAAUCAGCAACUUCUCCUUCAAGGGCCACUGCAAGAGCUUUGUUCUUCGAGCACAAGCAGCCAGGAAAAAAGUGGCGCGGAGCACGAAGGCAGAGGAAAUGAAAAAGCUGAGGAAGCGACGAAGAUUUUGGAAUAAUCGCAGAUAAUCAAAGGAAAGCUGAGGAUGGGGAGGGAAGGGCUCAGGUCCUGCCCAGCACCCUGAGAGGUGGAUUCCAUAGGAUGCCAGGAAGAAGAAAGGGUUGAUUAAGGUGCCUGCUCAGUGCUGCAGGUGUGGGGCUGUGAUGCUGGUGUGGACAGACCCACCUUGUGGUGGUGGCAGUGCAGUUUUAACAUUGCUGCUGAGAAUUUUAAUGUUCAGAGGAGCUGAGCGUUUCCUCCUGUGCUUACCCACAGCUCUGAGUCCAGCCAGGACCUGAGCAACCAGAGCGUGGUAGAACUUAAUUCUCCUUUAUUUUUAAUUUUUUUUUUAAUUUAUUUUUUUUGUAAUGAAACAAUUUAGCGUAUUUCAAGGUACUCAAUAAUCGUUCAGGGUUUGUUUUAUCUUCAUUUUUAUUUUUUUUUUUUUUGCACCAUGUCUAGUUGUUUUCAGAGCCAAAGCGAUCACUGAGUGGUUUGCACCCCAUCAGUGUGCCAGGAGCAAUCCACGCUGCUGUGGUGGUGGAUUUUUUGUGACAGGUUAUCUCCCAGAUUCACAGGAAUAAUCAGUGUUCGGUGCUGGCUGUGCUGCCAGUUCAGUUUCCAGCAAAACUGGUGCAAACUGAGUUUUUCCAUAGAAUUGUCUGCUCGGUUUUUCCACUAAAAAAGUGGAUUUUGUAGCUUUGCAGUGUGAGCUGCAUGGAAGUGCUCGUUAGCAGGUGAUAGAAAACUCACUCAGGAUUAGAAAUCAGAUUUACUGAUUCCUCAGUGGGUUUAAAACCAGUAACAGGAUAACAUAGUAUGCACUUAAUUAAAAAAAAAAUACUUAUUUGUUAUUAAUACGUUUUCAUGGUACUAUAAUUAUUUUUCAGACACAUUCCAUAUUUAUUUUGAUGUCUUCAUUGAAUGCUUAUUUAAAAAUCUAUUUUAGUAACACAAAGUUAAAUAUUUUGCCAAAUCUUCCGAAUAAUCUAAUUUCAUGAUUUACUCAGGAACUCUGUAUAUUAUGAUAUAAAAUACACGUGGCAUAGGCAUUUUUUGGGAAAGGGACAUUUGCAAAAUAUUUACACAAAGCUAACUAUGUACUAGGUUACCAAAGCUGUUUCACUGAUUAUUUUUUUUUUUUUUAGUGUGGAAAGUUUAGUUUUAAUUGCUGGUAAUUAGUCUCCUUUGUGUGGCUUAGACAAUCAGCGUCUGGUUGUUCAGGGUGAAAAUUAGUAAAGAAUAAUUAAUUCAAGGUGUUAUCUUAGGGCAUUUAGGAAUAUUUUAAUGCUUUAACAACUUCCUGUUACACAACCUCCUAACACAUGCUAACGAUUAAGCCUCUUGAGUAUCAGGAUAUUAAUGAACAGCUUUGGAGAGCAGUUCUUGGGUUAAAAGUGAACUAAGUUGGGGAUAUAAACAAAAUAUGAAGGACAAAAAUGAAGAUUUUUUUUUUUUAAAUGUCAUGUAGCGUCCAGUGUGGAAUUUGACAUUUUUGUGGGUAAUUAUGGAACUGUUCCCGUAUAUAUUUGUACUAGCACAAUUGUUCCAAACUCAGCUGUGUAGUUCUGGACCCGUGGAUGUUUCUAGAGCAGAUUUUGUCUCAGUAGUGCCAUCCUUAACUUUAUUGAGGCAUGGAAAUUUGUAGCUAAAAUUUACCCAGGCCUCACUGUAAUCCACUCAGUGGAGUUGAACAGCAAAAGUAGACAGAAAUCAGAUUCUUAGUAUAGCAGAAUUAUGGUUUUUUUACCCUGAAGAAAAUGAAUUCCACUUAAAAGAUGAUUUUCAGCCUUAGCCUAAAAGAACAGGUACAUGAGUUAUUUCAGUGUGUUUCCUGUGUGUACAUGCAAUUUAUUUGCACAAACUUAUUUAAGGAGGUUCAAGCUGCAUUUGUCAAACUGAUUGUGCCCUGCAUCUUAAAAGUGGAGUUUGCAGUAUUGCAGUUUGUGGGUGAUUUGGGGGUUUAAUUACCCAAAUUAAAAUGAAUUUACCAUUGCUCUGCUGACACGAAAUCUGAAUUUGAGGGUCUGAAUCUUGUUGUGUUUAUUUUUUUUUUGUUUAUUUGUUUGUUUUUUUGUUCUCUUUACAGAACCAGGGUUGUUUUGUAGUGGUGAAUGUUUAGGGUAUAAUUGGUUCUUACUGUGCUGCUCACCUGUUAAUUAACAAUCUUAAUUAAUUCGUAGUUAAUGUGCCUUUAGCAGUCUCAUUUUUCCAGAGUGUUAAAAAGCUGUGUGGUUCCAAUUUGUUUGAAGAUGCGUUUUAAAGGGUCACACGUGGCUGCAUGUGACUGCAAUCAGCACAUGCUGUUAAUUAUAUUAAUUGCACACAGGGGAUCCUCCAGCUUUGGCUUCUUUAAGGAGCUCUGGAAUGUCCCCCUGGAUCAUGUGCUCCUUGUCAUGCCCUACAAAUGCUCGUGUUUCACUUUGCCUUGCUCUUUUCUUCACAAAACCUCCAAACAAAAAUAUAUUUUUUUUUCUUUUCAUUUAGUGCCCCUUUCUUUAAGUGAGUUGGUUGUGGACAGCAUCAGACCUACAGUGAGUUUUGUCUUCUGUUCUUAGUUUCAGAAUUAAGAAUUCAGAGUUUCCUAAUUGCUGCACUCCUGUUGUUUUAUUACAAAUCUUUUUGCAUUUUGAGGGGGAAAAAAACCCCACAUUUUUUUGGUAAAAUACCACCC